UCAGAGGUAGCAGAGGAGAGAGAGACACACACGGAGCCUGGCAACUAAUGGAUUACUCUCAGACUGUUGUGAACUACACAGCAGCCAAAUGCCAUCAACCACAAGGCAAAUUCAGUACAGACAUAUUGACACACAUUUAACUACAGCCUAUAACACCCUACAAGCUCUGAACACAUUUAGAUCGCACAACAUUUGAGACAGACAGUUCUAACACUGCUCUCUUGAUCUACAUUAGCGUAAACAGACAAACUGAUUCAAUGAUCCCUCACACAAACACAGAGACAAUGGACAUGCAUGGACUUCACUGUUGAAUCAAAGGGACAAAGAUGUGAAUUUUGGUGAGGAUUUGGACACCUUUGUGAAACAUCACUGAAGAGGAUCACAAGCAAAAGCAUGGAAAGUAUCUCAGAGAAAACGGGUUGGGAUGGAUUAGGCCACUCCUCUCUGACGUCUGCGACGGCAGGAAGAACCAACCUCACUUCCUCCCUCUUCUCCGACUUCACGUCCCUCAACAGUUCUCAUGGAGGCGCAGGGUCCUACUAUUGGAUUAUCCCAGAGAACGCCUCAACCACCACGCCCCAAGCCUUACCCCAGCCCAGGGUGAGGGAUCUGGGCCUGGCCCGGGCCGAGAUAGGGGUGCUGGGCCUGGUACUGGCCCUGACUACCCUGGGUAACGGCUUUGUACUCUGGGUGCUGCUUCGCAGGAGGAAACAAAACGCUCCCAUGCACCUGUUCAUGGUCAACCUGUGUCUUGCUGACCUGGUGGUGGCGCUGUUCCAGGUACUUCCCCAGCUGGUGUGGGACAUCACAGGAAGGUUCCAGGGGCCGGAUUUUCUGUGUCGCUCAGUAAAAUACCUGCAGAUCGUAGGGAUGUUCGCGUCCUCCUAUAUGAUCGUUGCGAUGACGGUAGAUCGGCACUAUGCCAUCUGCUGCCCACUGCAAGCCUACCGUGGUGGGUCCGUGUCGCGCUGGAACACCCCUAUCAUGACGGCCUGGGGCCUGGCCCUACUGCUCUCCAUACCACAGUUCUUCAUUUUCUCGCGGUCAGAGGUUUCUCCAGGAGAGUUUGAGUGCUGGGGUUACUUCGCUGAGCAGUGGGGGCUCAAGGCCUACAUCACCUGGAUGACCCUAGCAGUGUUCUUACUGCCAGCACUAAUCAUCACCGUCUGCCAGAUCCGGAUCUUCAGAGAGAUUCACAACAACAUCUAUCUGAAGUCAGAGAGGAUGGUGUCAGCAGAGCUCAAGAAGAACAACGCUGUCAUCUCCCUGGCCUUGACGCCCCCCUCCAUCUCCAAAGCCAUGUCUAAGACGGUGAGGAUGACUUUGGUGAUAGUGUUGGUGUACACAGUCUGCUGGUCCCCCUUCUUCAUCGUCCAGCUUUGGGCUGCCUGGGACCCCAACCCUCCAGAUCAAGGCGUGGCGUUCACCAUCCUGAUGCUGCUGGCCAGUCUGAAUUCAUGUACCAACCCCUGGAUCUACACCUUCUUCAGCAGCUCUGUGUCCAGGGAGCUGCAGGCCCUCCUACGCUGCAGACACAGAGCCUCCCGCAGGGGCUCCAUACCUGACGACUCCACCACCACACACACCUCCACCACCACACACACCUCCACCACCAAGGACAGCCUCUACUGACACACACACGUACAGUACCAGUCAAAGGUUUGGACACACCUAUGCAUUCAAGGGUUUUUCUUUGCUAUUUUCUACAUUGUAGAAUAAUAGUGAAGACAUCAGAACUAUGAAAUAACACAUAUGG